AUGAGUUGGUGGGGUGGGGGCCUCUUGACCACUCUGGAGAUGGAGGAACCAUCCCCACAGACCGUUACCCAAGUCCUGCAGCCCAAAACUCCAUCAGUGCUCAGCUCAUACCGCUGGCGCAUGAAGGGUGAAAAGGCGUCGGGGAGCUCCCGCUGGGGCAAGCUACAAAACUGGGGCCGCGCCCUGAGUCACUCAGAGACCACAGAACCCCAAUCCGGCCGUUCUACCCGCUCUCUAUUCCGCCGGGCCUUCUCUGCCCCAUCCAAGGAGCUCCGAGGAGGCCGGGGCCUCAAGCUGCCAAAAUACUGGCGCUCCGGAAGUCAGCAACAGGAGUUGGAGCUGGAGUCGGGGCCAGAUACGAAGCCAGAGGCAGUGCCAGAAGCCAAGGCCACAGAGCCCACCCUCCCUGCCCAGAGGAUCCCAGCUGCCCCGGCGCCCAAUGUGCCUGUCUGGGACAUUGGUGGUUUCACCCUCCUAGAUGGGAAACUGCUACUCCUAAGGGAUGAGGAGGAAUUAUAUGGGCCCCCUACCCAGGCCGCAAAUUUUGGGUCAGAGAGCAACCUGCAGCUGGGAGCCACAGGGUCCCGGGAACCAGAAAGGAACCCAGGGAGAGCAGAAGCCGAGCCCUCCAGCACCAACCAGUUUCACAAUGUCAAGGGGCUGCUGUGGAAGAGACUGAAGGACAAGAAAAGGGGGAAGGGUGACUCCAUGGCGGGGAGCCCCGGGGAGGGGGACAGGUCUUCCAGCACACAGGGCUCCCGGGAGUCUCUGGUGGGCCUCGGGGCAGCCAGCGAACUGGACCUGAGUACUGAACAGGAUGUGCAGGUGUGGCCACUGCACCCCAGCCUCCUCAAAGAGCCCUACUGCUUCCAGGUAUCCUGGCCAGGUGGAAGUCGCUGCUUCUCCUGUAGCUCAGCAGUUGAACGGGAUCGUUGGAUCGAGGAUCUACGUCGCAGUGUGCAACCCAAUCAGGACAAUCAUGAUCGGGAAGAGACGUGGCUGAGCUUGUGGGUGUAUGAAGCCAAGGGGCUGAGGAGCUCAGGGGGAACAGGCAGCGCAGGCGUGCACGUGGAGCUCUGGCUGGAUGGGGCCCUGCUGGCCCGCACCGCCAGCCGCCCCGGCCCCGGGCCCCACUUCUGGGCCGAACGCUUCCAUUUCGAAGCCUUGCCCCCAGCCCGCCGCCUUUCCCUGCGACUCCUGCAGGCUGGCCGGCCUCUGGGUGCCGUGUCUCUGGAACUGGGCGAGCUCUGUGGCUCCCGGGGGGCUCUGGAGCGCUGGUUCCCAUUGUCAGGUGGCCCCCCGAGGGCAGCCCUGCGUGUGAGGGGCCGGGCACGCUGCCUGCGAGUUCUGCCUACUGAACGCUAUAAGGAGCUGGCAGAGUUCCUUACCUUCCAUUAUCCGGAGCUGUGCCAGGCCCUGGAGCCCAUGCUGCCCGUCCAGGCCAAGGAGGAGCUGGCAGCCGCCAUGGUGCGCGUGCUACAUGGGACAGGCAAGGCCCAGGCUCUAGUGACCGACCUGGGUGUGGAGGAACUGGCACGCUGCGGAGGACGGGAGGCACUGCUCUUCCGGGAGAACACCCUGGCCACCAAGGCCAUCGAUGAAUACAUGAAGCUAGUGGGGCAAACCUACCUGCAAGAAGCACUGGGGGAAGCUGUGCGGCGCUUGUGUGCAUCAGGCGAUGACUGUGAGGUGGACCCCAGAAAGUGUCCUGGCCCUGACCUGCCCCAGCACCAGGCCAGCCUGAGGCAAAGCUGUGAAGACGUCUUCUUGAGCAUCACCCGCUCCUAUGAGUGGUUCCCAGCAGAGCUGAACACAGUGUUCUCCGGCUGGCGGGAAGCGUGUCGGGACCGGAAAGUGGAGCCCCUGGCAGAGCGGCUUGUGUGUGCCUCGCUCUUCCUGCGCUUCUUGUGUCCUGCCAUCCUGUCCCCCAGCCUCUUCGGUCUCACCUAUGAGUACCCAGGACCCGGCCUUGCCCGCACCCUUACCCUCAUCGCCAAGGUCAUCCAGAACCUUGCCAACCAGGCCAAGUUUGGGGAGAAGGAGGACUACAUGAGCUUCAUGAACGAUUUCCUGGAGCAGCACGGUCCCGCCAUGCAGCAUUUCCUGGGGCAGGUGGCCUCUGGGGAUGGGAAUGGGGCUCCGGGCGGCUGUCAGGGCAGCAGUGACCUGGCCCGGGGCCUUGCCAUUCUGCACGCCCAGCUCUGCACCAUCUUCUCUGACCUCAACCAGCCCACCCAAGAGAGCUUAGAGCCACUGCCCACCAUCCUGCGGGCCAUCGAGGAGGGUCAACCAGUGCCAGUGUCAGUGUCCAUGGGACUGCGCUCUAUGCCCAACAGCUCCUCUGGCAGGGAGAAGCCAGGCUUCCUGGCCCCCCGAGACCUCUCCAAGCACACUCCACUUGUCUCUAAGAGCCAAUCACUACGCAGCAUACAGGGACAGGGGCGAGGCGAGGAGCAGCCCCCCAGGAGACCUCGGCGCAUCCAGCGCACCCAGAGUGUCCCCGCCCGUCAGGCUUCCCACCGGCCCUUCCCUGUAGGCUCUCGGACCCGGCCCAAGGGCUCCCCUCGGCCCCCCCGGAAAGACCCUUCCCAACAGGGCCGUCCUUGGCUCGGGACCUCAGUUUCCCUCCCCCGGAAACCCUCGGUGCCCUGGCAGCGCCACAUGGAUAAAAAACCACAGGACACAGAUGCGGUGCUCUUCGCCCAGCGACCCCAGGGGAAGCUGGAAGAACUGCAGCAGGAGGUGUCCUUGUUACGAGAGCAGCAGAAGGGGCUUUCUGGGCAACUGGAGGUCCUCAACAACCACAACCGGACCCUGGGGGAGCAGCAGGAGAAGCUGCUUGCUCAGUUGGCAGAGGAGUCCCAAACCCAGCACAGGCAAAGGCUGACAAAGUCAGAGACAAAGCAGGGCCAAGAUGAUGCAAACCACAGGUUGGAGAAUCUGGAGCGCCGUCUGGUUCUUCUUGAGCGGGCAAAUGCAGAGCUACUGGAUAUGGUGCAGCGACUGCAGGACGGGCAGAAGGAUCCUGGUGCUCAACUCAGGCCCCCGGAGAUACCUUGCACCAAUGGAGAUGCCACCUGACCUUUCCCCAUGGGGACUGAUCCAGGCAGACUUAAGUGCAGACUGGAUGAACCCUGCAAGCACCUACCUGGGCAGCCCCUAAUGCGCCAAAAGGCCUUCCCUUGGCAAUCACUGUGGGAAAAGCUGGGAACUCUUCAGUGCCAGCCUCUUCCCUGCCUGGGCAGUGCCACCUGCCUAUCUGACUCCUAUUUCCCCCAAGGUCCCAGACAUCUGUCCUUCUGCUAAGGCUGGGGCCCUCCUUCAGACCUCUGUCUCCCUCUCAGCCUGAACCUGCCCUGGCAAUACCCACCAUGCUUUGCCCCAUCUCUAGCUCAUGUGCCCACUCCUUCUAGGCUAUAUCUGCCCCCAGCCCCUACUGACCAGAGAAGGAAGGAGAAACUUGGGACUGGGGAUCUCCCUGAAGAUUUCCCACAGGAGCAUGGAGAUGGUUGGAAAAGAAGGUUUGGGGAAACAGGCCGGGAACCUAA